UUCAGUCCACCCGGGUUAGGUGUGGGGAGGCUCGGCGCGAGCCCUCGGCUGCGGGGGGGUCGCGGUCGGGUGAGGCUGGGGCCGGACGGGGACCGCCGCCUCGGGGCCUGGGACGCGCGGCUUCCGUGCCUCCGAGCGUCGACUCCGCCCCCUUGCCACCCUGAGCACCUGGGGCCGCCACCACCCACAGACCAUGUUCCUGGUGCGCCUGACUUCUCAGCUGCUUAGGGCUGUUCCUCGGGCAGGUUGCGGUCGGCCCUGGCCCGUCUCAGGGGUGCUAGGCAGGUGUGCCUGUCGGCCCUGCUACAGCACACAGCCAACAGGCCCAAGCGGAGUUGCCUCCAUCCCUGGCAGGGGGCUCCAGCUGGAGCUUGAGGAGAUGCUGGUCCCCAGAAAGAUGUCCGUCAGUCCCCUGGAGAGCUGGCUGACCGCCCACUACCUCCUACCCAGACUAGCUGCUGGAGGCCCAGCGACCGUGGCUCCAGCCCGACUCUAUGAGUGUCCGCCUAGCCAAGUGGGGGAACGGGCUGAGCAGGGGGAUGUGGGGGCCUGGGACGCACCCCGGAUGCAGUGCAAAAAUGUGCUGAAGAUCCGCCGGCGGAAGAUGAAUCACCACAAGUACCGCAAACUGGUCAAAAGGACCCGGUUCCUGCGGCGGAAGGUCCGGGAAGGGCGCCUGAAACGGAAGCAGAUCAAGUUCGAGAGAGACCUGAGGCGCAUCUGGCUGAAGGCAGGCUUGAAGGAAGCCCCUGCAGGCUGGCAGACCCCCAAGAUCUACCUGAAGAGCAAAUGACUCGAGUGCUCCUCCCCCCACCCGUUACCGCUGAUGACCCAUUGUAAUAAACGUUCAGAGAACGC